AGAGAAAAAAAAAAUCGACAUAAAAGAGCUAGGCGGGAAACACUUGGUCUUGACUCUUGAUAGCUAGAUCGUUUUUCUAUAUAUAUUUUCAGAAGUCGUUGCUUUUAGAAAUCAUCAUGCCUUCUUUGGAUAAUUGGAUUGAAAAACCUCAAGAGAUCAUUCAGAAAAUCUAUGAGAAACAUAGUGGCAGUUCACCUUGGGAAAAAGAAGUAGAUGACUACUUCACAUCAAGAUUGACCAAUACAGAAACUUGGACUUCUAUUCCAUCGCUGAAUGAAGUUUUAAUUAAAGAUCUCAGACAUGGACAGUUGGUCAGAUUUCGUGGCAUGUUUCAAGAUCAACUUGGUCCUGAGAUGUAUGGCUCUGGUGCUCUUGUAAAGAACACAACUUCAGGAAGUCAGAAAAAUGUUACUGGAAAAUUCAAGGAUGAACUUUGUCUUGGACUUGAUGAAGAAGUUGUCAACUGGAACACCACAGAAAGCAGAUCUUGCUAUUACUGUGUACCAAUACCUGGUGAAACUCCUUGGGUCAAACAAAUCUUCAGAGAGAAAAAUAGUUUGUCUGGCCUGCAGCCUUCUAGACCUGUAUCGAUUGGGAAAAAGCGGCCCUUGGAAGAAGAAGAUGACAAUGAGAUGAUGGAUCUAGGUGAAUCCAAUAAGCGGCCUUGUCCUUUAACAAACGCCAACCCAUCAAUGAGUGUUACCAAUGGAAAUUUGGACAAAAUUCUAAAUUUUCCUCUUCCGUCAUCCGAAUCUGUAGGCUGUAUAGUUAAAAUAUACAGCGAAGAUGAGGUGCCACUAAACGAUGUUCUAGAAGUGGUAGGUGUCCUUUCCUUUAAUACCCCAGGCGUCUCUGAUGAUGAAGAACGCGAAGAUUUCCAGCCUCCUUCGUCGAUUGUCCCACGAAUUCACUGCAUUGGUUCUCAAAAAUGGCAACAUAAUAACCCAUACAUCAUCUCAUACAGCGGCCAGAAAUGGAAUGAAGAAUCAGCGGCUGUGGUCGAGUUGUCCGCUACCAUUCGAGAUGAAUUGCAUGGUUUGUUUACUGAGUUCUUCUUGGGGGACAGUCUCGCUGCUGAUUAUUUGCUGUGUCAUUUGAUGUCACGCGUGUACAACCGGAAAGAUUCGUUAGCGCUUGGCAAAUUGUCAUUGAAUUUAACAAACGUCCCCAUAGACAAUGCGGUUUUACAAGAAAGCUUUCCUCGUUUUUUGUUCAGUUUGUUAGAACGCUUAGUUACCAAAGCGCAUUAUUUGCCCAUGUCUCUUGAAAAUCUGAAUACUCUGCGUAUGAUCCCUAAGAAAGAUUACCAGGAAAAUCGACUGAUUGCCGGUUGUCUUCAACUGAGUUCACAAACGCACUUAGUUCUCGAUGAGACAGCAAUGACAGAAGGUCAACUGAUAGCAGAUGGAGUGCGUAAUGUAACUGCGAUUGGAAACAUAUCUUCAUGGCAGAAAAUCGAAUAUGAUUUCAAUUAUCAUCAAGUGGAAUUUCACACCGAUAUCCCCGUCCUGAUACUAUCCGAACGUCGCUCUAUUGUUGCCACAGAUGUAAACCUACCGCUAAGGUUGAACAUGUCACGUGGCCGUCCGUUCGCUGAACUCAUUGAGAAAUUGGAAACUAAUGCUGAACUGCUCAUGCAAAUGAGAAAUUAUCUCACCGUAACCAGACUUUUGCCUUUCAAACUUAAUGACGCCAUUCAGGAGGCGGUUCAACAAGAUUUUAUUCAGAGUCGUGCUCCAGGUCAAGCUAAUCCUAUGUCCACUGAAGAUUUCCACUUGUUGCUUGUUUUGUCUCGGUUGUUGGCCCUUACGUACGGUAAAACGGAGCUGCUGGACGUGUCUCUUUGGCAAAGAGCGAAGGCAAUGGAAGCGGAACGUAAAUCUCGCUUAUCAAAUUCCAGUCGUUGAUAUGCUAUUAUGUUGUGUAUUUUUGUGAUUUCUCAUUUGUCUUAAAGGAUUAAAAAAUGGAUGGAUUUUUCA